AUGCAAUGGACGACGCUGCAUUUGACAACCAAGGGCUACCACUGGAGACGGCUUCUGUUCCGGCUGUGGAUGAUCGAUCGCCGGCCAUGUCAGCCCAAGAACUGCCACAGCAGAACGUCCAAAGGAUUCGUUCCGAAGAUAACCGGCAACUGUGUCGGACUUGCAGAACUCAGACUGCAACUAUUUAUUGUUCACUCUAUUCUGAAAAGCAUUCAAAAGUAUACACCUGGGCAGCCCAUAAGCAGAGAGGAUCCCUCGCAGCAGAUGAGAAAUCGUAUGCGUCUCACUCUUACCCCCCCGCGAGCAGAAAACGAUGAAGAACGGCAGAAACUCCACAAGAUCAAUCGCGAGACGCUUUGGUUUGCAGUCAGACCGGCCACCUUAGAGACUGAUAACACUGGGACCAAACCCAAAGCAGAAGCUACACCAAAAAAAGGCGAGGCUGCUUCGGGUGAAGGAAAGAGUGCACCAUCCUUGACAUUGGACGAGUAG